AUGGACGACGGCAAUCUUGGAGAGAAUAUUCAGGAGGAGACAGAGGUUAUCGAAGACCGCUGGUGGUUUGCCUCAUCGGCAUUCCCUAUGAUCGCCGGUACACUCGGUCCCGUUGCCUCGGCCUUCAGUAUAUGCGCUCUCGUCCGACCAUGGCGACAGCAUCGACCUCACGGCCAAGAAGUCAAGACAGCACCCUUUGUCGCUGAUCCCAUCUGGCUCACUGUCAUCAACGCUAUCCAGCUUGCCAUGGCUGUCGUCUCAAACAUGUUUCUCCUGUUAAACAUGACGCGCCGUGUUCGUUUCACAAUCGCUCAGCCCAUCACCAUAAUCGGCUGGUACAUCUCUGCCAUCCUGCUCAUCGCUCUCCUCGCUACAGCUGCUGGUCCCAUGUACGAAGGGUUCAAGUAUCCAUCUGAUGAACUCAUCUGGUCGCAGGCCUUUUACUACGGCAUGUGGGCUGCCAUUCUCUACUUCGUUGAUGCUUCGCUCAUGCUAGUGACGUUCUAUGGUGCCUGGACAGGCCAUUAUAACAAGGACUUUAACCUCACGCCCAGCCAGCGAACCCUCAUGCUACAGACCAUCAUGUUUCUGUUCUACCUGCUCCUCGGUGCCCUUGUAUUCUCAAACAUAGAAGGCUGGAACUACCUCGAUGCCGUCUACUGGGCAGACGUGACACUAUUUACUGUCGGUUUCGGCGACUUCAGAGCAGAGACUAACCUCGGACGAGCUCUCAUGAUGCCCUACGCCUUGGUAGGCGUCAUCAGUCUAGGUUUGGUCGUCGGUUCCAUCCGCAGUCUUGUUCUUGAGAGAGGCAAACGCCAGGUUGAUGCCAGAAUGGAGGAGAAGAAACGUAGACGUCUGGUCCGCACAAUGACCAAGAAAGGCGAAGACGAAAUGCUCGAACCUAUCCGCGAUUCACAACGUUCCAUGACGCCCCAGCGCACAGAUUCAAAUAUGCAACUUCCUGCUACAGAAUUUGAGCGUCGAAAAGCGGAAUUCGAGCUUAUGCGUAAGAUCCAAGCCCAGGCAUCCUCUCGCCGCCGUUGGAUGGCCAUGGCUAUAUCCACAGGCUCCUGGCUUAUCCUCUGGCUUCUAGGCGCCUACAUCUUUGUCAAGUGUGAAGAAAACUACCAAGGCUGGGAUUACUUUGACGGUUUCUACUUUUGUUUUGUCUCUCUCACCACCAUCGGAUACGGCGACGUGACUCCUGCUUCUAACGCCGGCAAGUCCUUCUUUGUCUUUUGGUCUUUACUUGCAUUGCCUACCAUGACUGUUCUCAUAUCCAACGCCGGAGACACGGUUGUCAAGCUUAUACGUGAUGGAACACUGCGACUUGGAAACGUCACUAUUCUUCCUGGGGAGGAGGGCAGUUUCUCGGAUGAUCUCAAGUACAUUCUUCACAGGUGUACGUUUGGAUAUGCGUUUCCCGAUUAUACUGAGCCAGCGCCAACUUCACAUAUGAAGAAGAUGCCCGAGGCUCAAGAUUCUAGCGGUGAUGCUGCCGCAGCUUUUAUCGACACGGAACAAGGAUCUGACCCGAAGGAUUCGCGCGGGAGGUCUCAAAAUCUUAGAAAUGGAGAUGACGGUCCAUACAGCGAACGACCAGACCACAGUCGACAUAACUCUACCUUUACCACUCGAGUCCGACGUUCACUAUCACGUCUACGAGACGCCCACGAGGAUCUACCAACCGGAUCCGACUUCCACUUCCUCCUCAUCUCCGAAAUCCAGGCUCUCACCGCCCAUCUCAAAUCCCAAAAGCCGCACAAAUACUCCUUUGAAGAAUGGGCAUGGUAUCUGAAACUCAUCGGCGAAGACGAAAGCCGUGCCGACACGCAUCUAAAAGCACAACCAAAACCCAAGAACCACCAACAUAAACGCCACCAUAAUAAAGACGUCGAUGACUCUCCUGAAAAAGGUUCCGGUGAGAAAACAGACUCAGAACAUGUUACGGCUUGGUCCUGGGUGGGAAAUCGCAGUCCGCUCAUGGGGAGUCAGGAAGAAACUGAGUGGAUUCUUGAUAGGUUGAUGGAGAGACUUCGUGAGUCUUUGUCGUCUGAGGGGAGGAAGCAGGUCACUAGUGAUGCAAGGAGAGCACUUGGUGCAGACCGGCGGCGGUCAUCAUAUGAUGCCUCGCGGAAGAAACAUCGGGAGGAACAUGUUUGA